AUGCGUUCCGACAUCGCCACGGUCAUCGCCUUCGGGCUCCUCAGCGUCUGCCCCGUCAGCGCCGCGCCGACGUACUCGUGCUUCGACCCCCCGGACGAGGGACAGACCAAUCCUCUCGGGGAGGGCAUGGAGGACGUCGUCGAGUCCGAGUGCUGCGAGGCGCUCAUCGACGAGAGCGACAUGAUGGCCGACCGCGAGGUCAUCUGGGACCCCGUGAACUGCAACCACGGGCCCGGCGACGAGCCCAUCGCGGAAGCGUACCUCUGCCGGGCGCACGACACCGACGGCUGCCGCUUCUGCCACGACUCGUGCGACGGGUAUGAGGGUCUCUGCAUCACCUGCGAAGAGGUCUUGGAGGACCUGCUGAACUCGGACAGCCCCACCCCUUCCCCGGACUUCGAGACCUCCGAGUUCCCGGCAACCCCGGCGCCGGCGAUCCUCACCGCCGCCACCGAGGCCCCCUUCGGUAUCUUCCCCGCGACCCCCGCGCCGGUUGCCCCCGUGGCGCCGCCUACCGAAGCGCCGGCGGUGCCGCCUACCGAAGCGCCCGUGGCGCCGCCUACCGAAGCGCCCGUGGCGCCGCCUACCGAAGCGCCCGUGGCGCCAGCCACCGACGUGCCCGUGGCGCCAGCCACCGACGCGCCCGUGGCGCCAGCCACCGACGCGCCCGUUGCCGCACCCGCCCCCACGGCCGAGGCCUCGGACUGUGAGUGCGUCAACAGCCUGUCGGAGGAAGAGAUGGCCGUGCUCACCCGACGGUCGAAGAAUAUGGUGUGCGACCCGACCUGCUCGGACCAGUCCGACCUCGUCUGGGGCGUGAUGAACUGCAACUACUUCGCCCUGGGCCAGAACUGCCGCGCGUGCAGCGACCUCUGCGACGACCAGGGGGACGGAACCUGGCUGGACCAGGACGGCUUCCCGUGCAAGCCGUGCUCCGCCAUCUAAAGCGGCCAACACGACUGAGAAAAAUAAACCGCGAGCGAAAACAAUUUAAGUCAGAUCGUCGCCCCUUGACACGGGGGGGGCGGGUCGUUUGUUUUGUGUACUCUCUCUUUCUCUUCGGAGAACUGUACACGGAGCCUCGUGGUUGGGAGGAUAACUCUUUUUUAGGGAUUGUUGGAAAGUAUCUUUCAAGGAGGUACCCCCCCCCCCCCCUCCGUUUCCGUUUCGUUUCUCUCCUGGGCUAGGGGGUGGUCUGAAUUUUGGAGAUUGUUUUGAAAGCAUACAAAUCGUCUACCCGCGUGUCCUCUUUUUCCCUGCUCUAUUGAGGUUGAACGCGUGCCUGUCUUCUCUCCUUAUGCAAUAACACUGAGAGAGAGAGAGAGGAAGCACAAGUCUCAUUCGUGGAAAGAGAGUCAGCGAGAAAAGAGGGUUAGCGGCGACGUUAAAUUCGGCCGACGAUCAGCUUGCAGUAUCUUUGCGAACAGUUCGGCAAAAAAAAAAAGUAGGAGAAGGCCGCCGUGCGGAUUGAUUUGUUGAUACCGCAAGGGGAUAGGGGGUGAAGGAUGCUCGAAGAGGUUCUUGCCCCUACCUCCCACCCCCCACCAGCUCCUUCCCCAAACCCCGGUUUUCCAACCCUGUUGACGGCGUUUUCCCCGACUGGUUUUGUUUUCUAGUCGAGGUGGAUGAAAACUGUACAUUUAAUUUUUUUGUGUAGCAUUUGUCCUCUUUUGAGUCUGUCUCGUCACGUUUGUUUCCGUUUCGUUUUGCUGGUUUCGUGUCAAUCUAUCUAAUAGCUGCGUGCGUCCGUUCGUAUCUGUUCAACUAGUCUGUAGGCACGCGGCAUUUUGCUUUGUAAUUUUAUGCUCGUUCAGAUGUUCUGGGGCUUUUUUCGUCCUUCCCCUUAUCCCGGAGUUUUUUGUUCUCACACUACUUUUUCGGCUUCUUUCUCAAGGCGGAAAGAGAUUUCACACACAUGUUCAGCAUGCGGACGGGGUAGGCAGCUCUUGCAUUUCCGUGCCCAGGUUUUAGUGCUUGGUACAUGAGGUAAACACGGCAAUCUCGUGUUGAGGUUUCCUCCGUCCGAGAUUGUUUUUUUUAGCGGAAACGGGGGGCCUUACGUGUAGUUAUCGGACGGAGUGUGCGAGACAAACGACGAGUCGAUGGAGUAGUAGUAGCUGCCGCGACGUUUGUACGGCAGAGUGGUGCUCAAGGAAGGGUGCCCCGUGUCAAGGCAAAACGUAUGUAUUGACACACUUUUGUGGGUGUCCCCGACGCGCUGAAUGUCGUCGUGGUUCUAAACCCCUGCGGUCAUUUUGUUUGGCUGCAGUGCAGUAGUAGGCAACAGUAUUGCAGCAACGGGGAGGGAGCAAGGCGCGUGAAUGGAGACAGAAAGAGUUUGAUUCUUCUUGUUCGUCUUGUGAUGUUCAUGUCUCUCGCGACGCAGUUUUGUUGGCGCUGUUGUUGUUGUAUGGGGCGCGCGGGGGGGUGAUGACCGAGGCCAACAAGUUUGUAGAUCAUUCACAAUCCAAUGCCUGUUUUUGGGUGUGAAGUACACACGGCUUCUUCCUCGGUUUGGUGUUCGGACGAUUGAUAUACGGUAAGUACCAUAGAAUCGCUGACGAAACAACACUUUUUUCUUGUGUGUUUUGAGACGUUAUUUUCUUGGGAAGACAUAUUAUUAGUUCUGACUAUUUCAUGGAAACUGACGGCAGUGGUAUGUAGUUGCCGUCGAACUUUGUUUUUUUCUCUUGCCCUGUGUCGACGUGGAAGUCUGACGGUUAAGGCUGCUGACAUCGGGGUAGUGGCUAGAGGGGGGCGAGUUUUCCUUUUGCUCCCCUUGGAAGCUGCGACUACUUC